AUCAAUUAUGUUCAACAAUUUAUCCUCCAAGUUAAAUAUUGUCAAUGAAACAAUUUUAAUCCGUCGUCUCUUCACUUUACAAGCGAAACUUAAUCCAAAUAAAGUACAACUUGUUAAUCAUUCAACUGAAUCAAGUGUCGAUUUAAAAGUGACUCAACUUAACAAAUUCCAUGUCAACAAUGGAGGUAAAAUGGUUCCGUUCGCUGGCUACUCGAUGCCAGUUCUUUAUUCUGACCUGACGACCAAAGAUUCGCAUCUUCACACUCGAUCGAAAGCUUCGCUCUUCGAUGUGUCUCAUAUGCUUCAGACUCGAAUCCAUGGGAAGGACAGAUUCCAAUUCGCGAAUGAUUUAACUGUCACUGAUGUUUUCUCUUUAGCUCCUAAUCAAGGUUCUCUUUCGUUGUUUACUAAUUGUUCUGGUGGGAUAAUCGAUGAUUUAAUUGUUACCAACACAUCGUCUUCUUAUGUUUACAUUGUUUCCAAUGCUGGUUGUAUGGAGAAAGAUAAAAGUCUAAUGAGGAAUCAUUGUGAUCGCCUCAGGGGUCAAGGGAAAGAUGUUACAAUUGAAUUUAUUAAUGAUCAAUAUUCAUUGAUUGCUCUUCAAGGACCAGAAGCUGCUAAUUGCUUACAGUCUCAUGUUGAUUGUGAUCUUAAUAGCCUUUACUUCAUGUACUCAACCAUCGGAUCGAUUGCCGGAGUUGCCGAUUGUCGGAUCACUCGAUGUGGUUACACUGGUGAAGAUGGAUUCGAGUUGAGUAUUCCCAAUGAUUCAGUUCAGUUAGUUGUUGAAUCAUUGAUCGACUCAUCUGAUGGGACAAUCAAAUUAGCAGGUCUUGGAGCUCGAGAUACUCUUAGACUUGAAGCUGGUCUUUGCUUGUAUGGUAAUGAUAUUGACGAGGAAACUACCCCAGUAGAAGCUGGUUUAGUUUGGACAAUUAGUAAAUCACGAAGAGAGAGGAAAGAUUUCCCUGGAGCUGAGAUAAUCAUGAAACAGUUAAAAGAUAAACCGACAAAACGGAGAGUAGGUUUGAAAAGUGUUACUAAAGGUCCAGCGGCAAGACAAGGGGCAUCGAUCAUAGAGGCUGAAACUGGUCAAGAAAUUGGUAAAGUGACAAGUGGUUGUCCAUCUCCUUCUUUGAACGCUAAUCUUUCAAUGGGCUACAUAAAAACUGGUAAAGGUAAAAUCGGCUCAACUGUUAAAUGUUUAAUCAGAAAUAAACAUUAUGAGUUUGAAGUAACAAAAAUGCCUUUUGUACCAUCCCAAUAUUAUAUUAAACAAUAACCGAUAAACCAUUAAAAGUCUUGAAAAGUUGA